AUGGAAUGCGUGUCCUGCGCCUCCUGCACAACCAAUGGCCUUGCACCAGCCGUCCGUGUCCUGCAUGAGAAGUUCGGCAUCAAGCGUGGCCUGAUGACCACCUGCCACGCCAUGACCGCCUCCCAGCCCACCGUGGACGGCACCUCCAAGAAGGACUGGCGCGGCGGCCGCGCCGGCCCUGGCAACAUCAUUCCCAGCUCCACGGGUGCGGCCAAGGCAGUGGCAAAGGUCAUUCCGGAUGUGAAGGGCAAGCUCACCGGCAUGGCGCUGCGUGUGCCAACCAUUGACGUGUCCGUGGUGGACCUCACAGUGGAGCUGGAGAAGGAGACCACCUACGAGGAGAUUUGCGCCGAGAUGAAGAAGCGCUCCGAGGGAGACAUGAAGGGCUACCUGGGCUACACUGAUGAGGCGCUGGUGUCCACGGACUUCGAGACCUGCCCGAUCUCCUGCACUUUCGACUCCAAGGCCGGCAUCAUGCUCGACCCCACCUUCGUGAAGGUCGUGUGCUGGUAUGACAACGAGUGGGGCUAUUCCUGCCGUGUGGUGGACUUGAUCAAGCACAUGGCCAAGGAGGAUGCCAAGGCGUAG